AUGAGCAGAACUAGGGUUCCAUCUGCAAGCAAUCAGAUAGAGUCGGACUUGCAGUCUUCACGUCAAGGCCUAGCCACCCUACCACUCCCCAAGGCUUCAGCCCAGCUGAUUUACCUCCCUCGUUCCACGUACAAGCCUGAGAGCACCCUAACCGGCGAGCAAAAGGCACCGACCAUUGCGCUGGCCAAGAACUGGAACCACCGGACGAGAGGCGCCAACUUUUCUGGAGCAAGCAGCAGCACCAGCCAAGGCACUCAGCUUGCAGAUACCAAGCCACACAAUGUUAAUUAUCUGUUCAACAUGAUCAGCAACCAUGUAAAGCCCGACUCCCACAAUGACCCCGAUUUCCCAACCCACAUCAGGAACCUGGAGGACGCCACCACUCGCCUGCACAUGAAGAAAGAAACCUUGAAGGGAGUAUAUCUACGCACAUUCGACAUUGACGAGCGCGCCAGCAUCAAGCCACGGCUCGACAGCUCCGUCAAGGAACUCCAACGCAAGGAGAUGGAGCUGGCCAGCGUGCGCAAGGCCUACCGAGCCGCCGAGGACGUUGCCUACUCGCUCCAAAAGGCAGUGGCCAAGGCCGUCAACGAGGCACUGGCAGCCGCCAUGGCAGACAAGGAGCAGCCGGGCGCCCUGUUGAAGCAACGACCGUCGGGAGCCUACAGCAGAGACCACGGCUGGGUCGCUAGCGCCGCAGACGUCGGGCUGAAGACGCCAAAGCCCACCCCAGUGCCGAAACCCAAGGCGAUGUGGCUCGCAGCGAUUCCGGAGGGUGAUAAGUCGGAGAGACGAAAUGCACGACACUCGCUUGGUGAGCAUGAGCCCAAGCAAGAGCCAGAGCAGGCGCCAGAGCAGGCGCCAGAGCCAGUGGCUCCGAGGGAGCCUGGUAGACGUCCUUCGCUUCAUUGGGCUCGCGGCAAGGUCACACACGUCUUCCAUCGGUAUUUUGGUGGUCGCCAUGGCGAUGAUGGCGCUCAGUCUUAA